AUGGCUUCAAAAACAAGUAAGUUGUAUUUUCAUAUUAUUAAAAGAAAUAAUGACGAAUUUGAAUUAGCGGGCAUAUCGGAAAAUAAAGAAACAUGGUAUGUCCUAUCUGAAGAGAAGAAAGAUUUAAGUUUGCACGAAGCUCUAUCUACGAAGCGAGCAAUAAUCAAUACAAUUAAUUCUAUCAAACCUAUCAACGGUUAUCGCAAAAUUUGCAUCAAACUCGAUGAUGAAUUGAGAAAAGAAUAUUACGACGAAGACGAAAAUCUAUGUUUAUUAGAUAAUAUGUUAGAAGAAAAAAUUACUGAUAAUAAACAUAGAGAUGAAUCAGAUGACAAUUUUUUAAAUGAACGAAUUAAGGAAUUAGAAGCUAAGCUAAGUUUGAAUGAUAACUUUAAGCUGCAAGACGAUGAAAAAAAAUUUAUUCUGGAAAAAUUCAACAAAAAGCAAAACCCUACUGAAUGGAUAGAGAAAUUUGAAAAUGAAUGUAGAAGGCAUAAAAUACUAAAUCUUACUAAUGUCAUAGAAACAUUACGCUUCUUUUUAUCUGAGUCACCGAAAGAUUGGUACGAAUCAAAUUUAAAAAAGGUCGGCUUAACUAAUUGGUCAGAAUGGAGAAAGUCCUUUCUGACCAUUUUUGCAGAUAGAGGUUGGAAAAAAAUAAGAAUCGCAUAUAAUUACAAAUAUUUAGACGGUUCUUUAAUAGACUAUGCCUUAGCGAAGGAAAACCUAUGUUUAGAAAUUGAAAUGUCGAGAAUAAACAUGAUCGUUAUGGGCCUUCCUGUAGAAAUACAAAACCAGCUUGAUAGAGAAGAAAUAACGACCAUUGAGAAACUGUUCAAAAAACUAACAAAAAUUGAUGAAUGCGUUUCUAACAUCAAGCCGAAAUAUGACAAUAAAUUUUUAAGUAAUGACAUACCAUACAAUACGGAUGUCAAGACAAAGCAACUUUAUCAACACAAACAGAGAUUUGAAAAUGUAGACAAAGAAAUUUUGGUACCAAAAUACAAAGUAGAAGCAAAGACAAAUAAUACUCUAAAAUAA